AAAUCUGACACAACAAAGUCAGCAUACGAGAGUGUGUGUUUGUGCCUCUUUCAUUCUGAGCUCUCAACUGCUGCAUAAUCUAACUCAAUUUUCUUCCCCAUUCAAACCUUUCAUUUCCUCCAAUGUCCUCCAUAACCUAACAUAGAAUUCAUCACUUCCCAUAAAUUCUCAUGGAUUCUCUCCUCUCCCUUCAAAUCCCACCUAACACCUUCCCUCACCCACUCCCAACCACCCCCAAUUCCGCCGUGGCUCCACCCACACCCACCCCCAUUGCCGUCGGAACCUCAAUUCCAAACCUGCUUGUCCCAAAAUCCGAACCAUUGGACGAUUUCUUCGCCACCCAGAACCACCAACAACCCCACCAUGCGGCGGAGGACGAUGAACCCGAUAUAUACGGCGAGUUCUACCGGCUAUCCCAGCUCUUCCAUGCCGCCAUCAACAAAACCCUACCCCAGUUUGGAGCCGAGAAUACCAACACUCCACACCAGGACCUUGUUUUGCUCUUCGGGAAUCCCAAGAUUCCUGUUCCGGGCAUGUUUUCAAACUCUGGAAGCGGCCAUGUCGUGGAUCCUGAAGUAGUUGUUGUGGGGGAUCAGAAUUCGCUGUCCGGGGACGGCAAUGCUGCUGUUUCUGACCAGAGUUCGCGGGCGAUCGUGCCUGUUCCGGCGGCCUCGCCGUCGUCUUCGGCGGUGUCGGUGAGGCGGAGGAACAGUAGCAAGGUGAAGGAGCUGGUGAGGGUGAUGGAUUUAAGUGGGAAGGAUCAGAUGCAUUUCCGCCAGGAGGUGAGGCAGACGAGGAUGAUCUAUGAUUCCCUGCGUGUGCUGGCUGUGGUGGAGGAGGAGAAGAGGGCGGCUGAGGAGAAGAGGGCGGCUGAGGAGAAGAGGGUGUCUGAGGAGAAGAGGGUGGCUGAGGAGAAGAGAGCAGCUGAGGAGCUGAAUGCGGCGGCUGCCGCGCAACUUGCGGCCGAGCAACUCGCAUCCUAUCCGGAGGCUGGUCCUGUCGCUGCUUCCUAUCCGGAGGCUGUUCCUGUCGCUGCUGCUGUGCCGGAGGCUGCUCCAGUUGGCCGGCGCCACCGCUACCGCAUAAGAGGGGACCUGAGGGCAGCGGCAUUGAUGAGGGAGCGGGGUUUGUGGAUGAACCGUGCUAAAAGGAUUGUUGGGGCGAUUCCUGGUGUGUUUGUUGGGGAUUUGUUUCUUUUCAGGAUGGAGUUGUGCGUGGUUGGGUUGCAUGGUCAGAUACAGGCUGGGAUUGAUUAUCUUCCUGCUAGCAUGUGCUCCAAUGGAGAGCCAAUUGCCACUAGUGUCAUUGUUUCGGGUGGAUAUGAGGAUGACAUGGAUGAUGGUGAGGAGAUAAUCUACACUGGCCAUGGAGGGCAGGGGAAGAAUUCGUUUAAGCAAGUGUGUGAUCAGAAGUUGGAGGGAGGGAACCUUGCUUUGGAAAGGAGUAUGCAUUAUGGGAUCGAGGUAAGGGUGAUUCGAGGGAUGAGGGAUGAGGGGAGUGCUUCAGCUGCAGGUAAGGUUUAUGUUUAUGAUGGAUUGUAUAAGAUUGUUGCUUGCUGGUUCGAUGUGGGGAAGUCUGGUUUUGGAGUUUAUAAGUUUAAGCUUACGAGGAUUGAGGGGCAACCUAAGAUGGGUAGUGCUUUUUUGAAAGAGGCUAGGGAGAUUAGAAGAAAUGGCUUGGACUUCAAACCUACGCAUUGUCUUUCUGUGGAUAUUUCAAACAAGAAGGAGAAUGUUGCUAUUCGGCUUUUUAAUGACAUCGAUGACAAUCAGGACCCUCUUUAUUUUGAGUAUCUUCCGCGGACUAUUUUCCCUCAGUUUGUGUUUCAUCAGAGUGGGAAUGCUACUGGUUGUGAUUGUAUAGAUGGUUGUGUUGAUGGCUGCUUUUGCUCUAUGAAAAAUGGGGGCGAGCUCCCUUAUAAUCAACAUGGGUUUCUUGUGAGGGGAAAGCCUUUGAUUUUUGAAUGUGGCCCUUUUUGCAGCUGUCCUCCUCAUUGUCGCAAUCGUGCUACCCAAAAAGGUCUGAAAAGUAGGUUAGAAGUGUUUCGGUCUGUGCAGACGGGUUGGGGAGUUAGGUCCUUAGACAUUAUUCAUGCUGGUGCUUUUAUCUGUGAGUAUACAGGGGUUGUUUUGACUAGGGAGCAAGCGCAAAUUUUAACAAUGAAUGGUGACUCAUUGAUAUAUCCUAAUCGGUUUGCGUCAAAAUGGGCAGAAUGGGGGGAUUUAUCUCAGGUAUACCCUGAUUAUAAGAUCCCAUCAUAUCCUGAGGUGCCUCCUUUAGAUUAUUCUCUGGAUGUGUCAACUAUGAGGAAUGUUGCUUGCUAUAUUAGUCAUAGUUCAUCCCCAAAUGUAUUAGUUCAGUUUGUUCUGCAUGAUCACAACAAUUUGAUGUUCCCUCACCUUAUGCUAUUUGCAAUGGAGAACAUCCCUCCAAUGAGAGAACUCAGCCUUGAUUAUGGUGUAGCUGAUGAGUGGACAGGCAAGCUCUCUAUAUGUAAUGUAACUGAGUGAUUUUGAAAGGUUCGUGCAUUUCUAAUAUGUUGGAGGCGAGUUUUGGGCAUGGUUAACUGAGAUUAACCAUGAUUUUGAGAAGGUUUUCAACCUCACCAAACUUGUUGGAACUGUGGAAGUGCUUGCUAUAUGAACAGUUAUGUCAGGGUAUCCAAAAUCAGUUAAUAGCUUCUAUAUUAUCCUGGUGUUGCGUAACUCAUCUUGGCUAGUACAUAGCAUUUUGCUUUGUGGUUAUGAAGAUCAGGAAUUGAAGUUAUGGGUGUGCUUAAUUUUGAAAACUUCUGUAAUUAUUCUCUAAUUUGCUGUUGUAGUUUGUGUGUCCAUUACUGCUCUAGGGCAAAGCAUUUGCAAGUCUUAUCACCUUGUUUUGUAAGCAAGUUGCUUUGGAUUUAUUAACUUUUCUUUUGUUAGUGUAUAUAGUGAAAGUCUCAAGCUUGUACAGGGAUAAUGUUAAUGUUAACUUUUCUUUUAGAAAUAUUUAUUGUUCUUUUCCA